AUGCGUGCCAGCAUUGACAUCCGGCAACGGGUGCAGGCAAGCCGCACUCCGGCGGCGCCGCGUGUGGCCCUGGGCGCUGCUGCUGCGCGGCGCUGCGCCCCGGCAAUCACCCGGCCAUCCUACAAUGGGGCAGGAGCCGCCGUGCGCAGGCUGGUGCAAACACCCAAGACGGCUGCAGUGGAGUCGCCAGCGAUUGUGGCGGAGCCGCUCCCCGCGCCCAAGCAGCCGGAGCAGUUCAACUGGUACAAGAACUGGUACCCUGCGGCCCUGCUGGAGAGCCUGCAGCCCGACAAGCCCAACGCGCUGCAGCUCCUGGGCUUGGACCUCGUCGCCUGGCGCACCCCAGAGGGCGAGUGGAGCGUGCUCGAGGACGCAUGCCCCCACCGUCUGGCGCCUCUGAGUGAAGGGCGCCUGCACAGCGACGGCACCCUCAUCUACCACGGCUGGACCUUUGACGGCAAGGGCGCCUGCAAGAGCAUCCCCCAGAUGGCAGACCCCAAGGCCCUCGCCACCGCCACGGGCAGUGCCCGAGCCUGCGAGCUGUUUGGGAUCCUGUGGGUCUGGGCCGAGGCCGGCCCCACGGCGUGGAUCGAGUCCGCCGCCACGACCCCCACCAGCCUGGCCCCAGACCUGCUGAGCGGCGACUGGGUCCCCAAGGGCACCUGGUUCCAGCGGGACGUGCCGGUCUCAUUUGACACGCUGGUCGAGAACGUCGUGGACCCCUCCCACGUCCAGUUCAGCCACCACGGCGUCAUCGGCGACCGCGGCGCCCCCGCUCAGGCAGCCGCCUCCAUCGUCGGCGACAUCACAUGCAAGGGCGGCUUCACAGUGGGCUACAACGGCAUCGGGCAGCGCGUUGAGAAUGUUGUGUUUUCACCCCCCAGCAGCUCAAGGUGGCACUUUCCUGGUGACGUCCACCUCCAGCUGUUCGCCACCCCCACGCGCGUCGGCUGGACCCGCGUGUUUGUCAACAUGAUCGGCGACAAGAACAGCCCCAACAAGCGGCCGCCCAACGACCAGCUGCCCCUGUUUGUGCGGAUCAUGAUCACGGUCAUCGACUCGGUGCCGUGGCUGCAGCACCCGCUGCAGCACAACAAAAUCCUGGAUGGUGAUGACUAUUUUCUGCAUAAGGCGGAGCGCCGGCUGUACAAGCAGGGGUCCCAUGAGUCAUGGCCCAAGCAGUACUACAUGCCCGGAUCGGUCGACGCGGGCGUCAUCGGGUGGCGGCGGUGGCUGGACGAUUUUGGCAGCGCCCUGCCUGUCCUGCCGCGCUCGGCGGCCGACCUGGGGCCGGUCCUGCCCAAACGCGAGAUGUUUGACAGGUACGAGCAGCACACCAAGGACUGCCCCCACUGCCUGGUGGCCCUACGCAACAUCAACAUUGCGAUCGGCGUCCUCGCCGCCGUGGCCGCCGUCUCGCUCGGCGCGGUCGUCGCGGCCGCUGUGACGGGGGCGGCGCCGCUGCUGUCGCCGUUCUGCGCCAAGGCGGGAGCUGCGGGCGCUGUGGCGGCGGCGGUCGUGGCUGGCCUGCUGAAGUUCAGGCAGCUCUUCAUUUACUACGAGUACGACCACUCCGAGCACUGA